AUAAUAUUGCCACUAUGAGCAGGUCCUUCCUUCUCACAUGUUGUGAGGUAGAUUUUUAAGUUGUAAACAUCUCUUUAUCCACUGUUCAGGGUUGACCUUAAAAAUUACGUCGAGAUGCCAGUAGGAAAUGGAAGACUAUUAGGAAAUCGAUCGAAACCAUCAGCAGAAGGUGUACGAUGUCAGAAAUGUCUAGAGAUGGGGCAUUGGACCUACGAAUGCACAGGCAAAAGAAAAUAUGUUCAUCGUGAAUCAAGGACUUGUAUGCUUAAUAAGCAACUAAAACAAGAAGAGCAGGGACAGCAGAUGGAGUAUUUAAAAACAAUGAUAGCCAUGAAAAAGAAAAGGCAGAAGUUGGAAAAACGAAGUAAUUCUCAUGAUUCGGACUCCUCUAGUAGUUCCAGUUCAUCAUCAUCAUCAUCAUCAUCGUCAUCUUCCACUUCCUCAUCUUCUUCAUCCACGUCGGAUUCUUCAUCGUCAUCAACAGAUACAGAUUCUGAUUCAGAAUCAGACUCUUCUAGUUUGUCUGACACCUCUUCUGACUCCUCACUUUCAUCCUCGAGUAAAAAAAAGAAGGGAAAAAAGAGCCAGAAGAGGGUUUAAUGAUGUAUGUAUAGAUGGAAUUUUACAUGCUGUAUGUAUUGUACGGGGUAAUUUAGUUCACAGUACUGUAUUCAGGAUUACUCAGGAUGUGAUAUAUUGUGAUAAACAGUACACUUUAAACAUUUUGGGAACUAGGUUGUGUACCUCAAUGUUUUCUUGAGUAUUGAAUUUAGUACUGUACAUUGUAGUGUAGUGUGUAUAUUGCAUAGAGCAUUUGCAUUGCAAAUUUUCCAAGUUUUUAUUGACAGUGAACAUUAAGAAUUUUUGGAACAUGACCAAUUGUGAAAAAUAUUUCAACCUAACUGGAAUUGAAUUUAUGUAAUUUCACUCUGCCUCUGUAAAAUUCUUGAGCAGACAAUGUUUUCACAUACAUGUACAUGGGUCACUUAUUUAUAUUGAACAUGAUCCAUUCAAGCUCAUUUAUUUUACAAAGCUAUGGUUUUUAUGAAAGAAACCUUAGUACAAUGUACCUGGAUUUUUAUAUCGUAGGAUAUUAGUAGCAGCAAUUGUUCCAUUUUUACGUACAUAGUGAGCAAAAGUUCAGUUAGAUUGUUUUACUCACGAAUUUAAACUAGUGUAGGUGACACAGUUAAUACUAGUUUACAGGAACAAGGAAGCUUAAAUUUUUUUCCCAAAAAUAAUAUGCAUUAAUGCCCAGUGUGGGAACUACCGGUAGUUAUAAUGUACCUACUAAAAGGUACUUUUAACAUUUGUUAAAAUCCCUUCUUCCCUCAUUCUGUAGUUUUCAUGGUUCAGCUGUUAUCCAAGCAGUGUCAGAAGUCUUUUGCAACACUGAAAAUAAAUGUAAAAAUCUGUUAUAUGUGUUAUAGUCAGUCAGUUUUCUCUCAUGAAAUGAGUGCAAUAUGCUUAUUUGAAUUCAUAAAUGCAUUUUCAUUAGUGAACUGCCUUUGUAGAGAGUUUGGCAUAACAUAAAACUGUGAAUAUGCUUCACACGCCAUGUCCAUCUCUCUUUCUGAAAUCAAAUAAAAUUUAAUCAGUAGAGAAGGAGUAAGAAAGAGUAGUUAUGGAAGUAAUUGUCUUGGCAAUUUGAUAACAUGAUGAUGGUAUUAUGCAUCCUCAUUCAACUGAUCUAAAUUCUUUAAAAAUACAAUUUGCUUUUGAAAAAUAAUUUGCUCCAUCACAAGCUUAUUAAUUUAUCAAUUUUUAAACAUAAUUUCAAACAUCUACUACAUUUUAGUUAACCCAAGUUCUUAUGGAAUAUCUUGAAUAAGUGCACAGUGUCUUCAUCUCUUCUGUGAAUAAUGUUACCUGUUUGAAUGCAAAAUGGACUGUGGUAUGUAUUUCCAUCUUGAACUUUGUUGAACAAACUUGUGCAGUGGAGAAAGAUCAGUGACUGGUCUUCAUCCUCCUGUCACUUUCUUUACCAAAUAAGAGGCAACUGUAGAAGUCUGAAGCACAGUGGCUACAACUUAAAACUAGACCUAGUGAAAUAAAACAAAUAUACAGCAAAAAAAAAAAAAAAAAAAGUGCCUUGGUUUCUUUGGCGCAAUUGAGUUUUCUGCCCGGUGGGACCCAGCCCAUAAAAACUCCUAGCCGCGUUUCACCGAAACAUGGCCACUGUCCGUUGGUGGUCUAUGUUUUUGGUAUCUACAGUGCUGCCUGUAUGAUUAUGGCUAACUUUAACCUUAAAGAAAAUAAAUACUACUGAGGCUAGAGGGCUGGAAUUUGGUAUGCUUGAUGAUUGGAGGGUGGACGUUCAACGUACCAAUUUGCAGCUCUUUAGCCUCAGUAGAUUUUAAGAUCUGAAGGGAGACAAAGCUGGCACAAUAGUUUUCUUUUACAGAAAACUACAAGGCUUUUUGGAAUAUGACUGCUCAGUUUUCCAUUAAUAUAUGUAUAUGCAGUGUUGGAAAAACCUUUAAAUGAAAUUUUGCUAGAAUCUUCAACAUUUUCAGUUCUUCUAAUUACAUUCUUAAGGAGUAUGCCAUAUAAUGGAUAAGAUUAAUACAUAUAUUAACCUGUUAAGUGUCCGCUCCGGAUGAGCUCACUGCUAACGUACCGUCACGCUUUUUUUUGUAAUCAGCGAUCAUAGCACUGAUGAUAGUUUUUCAAAGUUAAUAUUGAUUUUUAUUCUUAUUAUUCAUACUGUAGUUAAGUGUAGGAAAUUAUUAAAUGUUGGAGUAAAAAAAAAUUAAAGUAAAGGGAUCUCUCUCUCUCUCUUGGAGUCCAGUCACUCGGCAAAGAAAAGUCAUUUUCACUCCCGCUAUUGGAAGAAAAGUUUGUAUCCUCAUCACUGGAGGAUUCAGAACCAGAGCUCUCAUCAUCAAAUAGGUUAUCAAUAUCAGACUCCUCAUCUAGUAUUUGACUGAUCUCACCUGAAGAAAUACGCUUCCUCUUUGGGACAUUCAUUAUGAAAGACGCGAUAACAUAUUUGUCUCGAUAAACGCCCGAAGCGCACUGAAAGAAAACCAGUAGAGAGACGCAGUUUUCUAGCAUAAGCGACCACCAGGAAAGAGUUGCCAGGCUGGAAAUAAGUUUCCCGUGUGCUGAGUAUGUUACCAAAUGAUGUUCCUACACUUUCUAUACGAGUAAACGUAUUAUUACGGGGCUGACGGCUUGAUAAGCACAGUUAAAGUCUUGAACGUAAUAUCCCGUUGAAGGCGCUACCGAGUAGAUCGUGGUAAACGUAUUAUUACGUGGGUGACGCUUAACAGGUUAAAGGCCACCAGACAACCCAGUGAGUUCAGAAUAUUAACAGUGGUUUUGUGAAACUAUUUAUUAGUAAUAAUUUAUUGCAAUAAGAGGCAAAUUGGUGAUGGUUAGAGGGGGAUUAUAAGAUUAGUGUGCAUAAUUCCAUACAAGGCUUCUCCAACUAUAGCCGGGGCAUAGAUCCUGAGGCCAGCUAUCUCCUGGUUGAGUUUAACCAUGUCAGCAUCCAUAACUGGCCUAAAUACCAGGGAUCCAAGAACUUUGAUUCAACAUUUUGAUAAAAUGUUCCACAAGAGAAAUUAGUCCCAUACUUGUUUCCAAACAAAGCCCCUCCAACUUCAGUUGUGCAGUGGAUGCGCUGUUGCUACUCGAUAACUUUCCUAUUCCAACAUUAAAAGUAAACUGGUAGUUCUUAAUGGCAAACAAAUUAUUCAGUCUCUUAUGAGAAAGAUUUACAACCUUCAUGUCUAGUGGUGAUUCUCCAAAUACUCACCCUGGGGGUGGUAAAUGUGUAAGAUAUUUAAACUAGACUGUAGUAGAUCUCAAGAUAUGAGGAAAUUGAUAUGAGAGGAGAAAGACUUAUGCACAAAUAUCCCAGAGUAGGGAGUCGGACUUUCUAAGUUCAGCAACUUGUCCUCUUCUAACAAUAAGACAAGUGUCGAUAUAGGCUUCAUGUUAGACCAUUCAACUACAGUGGCUUACUUAGGGCCGAUGUGAUCUGCAGUGAGUUAUGUGGUGUUUGAUACUGCAGGGAAGAUGAGAAAAGGUCUUCCAUGUAUUGGACUCCAGAAAACUAUCUUUAUAGGGUCGGAAACAUUGCUAGUUACAAGAAUUUUUUUUUAAAUCAGGUACAUAUUGAUCAUGAGUUCAGAGAUAAAGACCUGUUAUAUCACAGAGGUCUACAAUAGAACUAUGUUAAGUGGAAUAAUAACAAAGAGUUAGUAAGAUCAAUAGUAUACUGUCCUGUAUUAAAUGUCCUGGGUAAAUGAUUGACUCCAUUAAUGUAGGAAUGCUGAAGGAGGUUUACUGUAAAAAGAACAAGAGAAAGUGUAUUGUACAUUUUUUAUCAAAAGAUUGUCCUACUGACUUGGAUGUAGGGAUUGGUUCAAGUAUAAUUAUUUUUUCUUUCAUUCUUCUUGGAAUUAUAUGUAUUUUAUAACAGAAA